GUUCUGUUGUGCUUUCCUUUUUCUCACAAAGAAGCUCAAGCUCGUUGCUUCUUCCCUCCUCCGGGGUCAAGCAUUCGGUUUCCUUUCACGAUGCCGAUUGUGAAGCCUGACCAAUCGGGAGAUUCCGAACCUUUCGUUGAAAUCGACCCGACCGGAAGGUACGGCCGAUACCCUGAGCUGUUAGGGUCCGGUGCGGUGAAGAAAGUGUACAGAGCAUUUGAUCAAGAGGAAGGAAUAGAGGUGGCGUGGAACCAGGUCAAACUGAGGAACUUCAGCGACGACCCGGCCAUGGUGGAUCGGCUUUACUCCGAAGUGAGAUUGCUGAGAAGCCUCACCAAUAAGAACAUCAUAGCUCUCUACAAUUUCUGGAGGGACGAUGAACGGGGCACUCUGAACUUCAUCACUGAGGUCUGUACGAGCGGGAAUCUGAGGGAUUACAGGAAGAAGCACAGGCAUGUGUCGAUGAAGGCUCUGAAGAAGUGGUCGAAGCAGAUUCUGAAAGGGUUGAACUAUAUGCAUACGCACGAGCCUUGUAUCAUCCACAGAGAUCUCAAUUGCAGUAAUAUUUUCGUCAAUGGGAAUACUGGCCAGGUUAAGAUUGGAGACUUGGGUCUGGCAGCAAUAGUGGGAAAGAACCACUCUGCACAUUCAAUUCUGGGGACACCGGAGUUCAUGGCGCCGGAGUUAUACGACGAGGACUACACAGAGCUGGUGGAUAUAUACUCAUUUGGGAUGUGUGUUUUGGAGAUGGUGACAAUGGAGAUUCCUUACAGUGAGUGUGACAAUGUGGCAAGGAUUUACAAGAAGGUUUCGUCCGGGGUGAGACCUGAGGCACUGAACAAGGUCAGAGAUCAAGAGGUUAAGGUUUUCAUUGAGAGGUGCCUUGCUCAGCCAAGGGCAAGGCCUUCUGCUGCUCAGCUCCUCCGGGAUCCUUUCUUUGAUGGCAUUGUUGAUGAUGACGAAAAUGAUAAUAAUUCUAUUUCCUAAUGACUCACAAAAAAUGGGUGAUUUUAUGUAAAUUUUUACAAUCAUUAUUUUCAUUAUUGGUUAUCAAUCAAAUUAUAUUGCAAAAUCUCAAGUUAAACCCGUUGGCUUCA